GGCAGGGCCUGAAAAGGCGGGCAGCCAAUGAGAACGCCAGAACGGGGAGGUGGGGCUCCAGUGGAGCGUAGGCGGCAAGAUAAAGACAGCCAGGCCAUCCGUUCCAGUCCUGUCUUUUCCAACAAGGCCUGAAGCCAGUCUUGCAAAAAGGUGGUGCUGGCCAUGCACUUGGAUACCUGGAACUCUUAGCUACGCACGACGCCAGGACACCAAAGGCUGGAAGCCUUAGCCUUGCUUUGUCAGGGAAAAAACUCUGUGGAAGCUGGUCUGUAUUCAACAGUGGUUACAGGGAGCAAGCAGGUCUGUGCCAAAUCGAGGAAAUGUAGCUGCCAAAUCUUGAAUCCAAACCUUAAAACCUCACAAACAUCAAGCUCCAGAAGAGUCUCCAAGUCCUAGAACCUUCUAGAACACUGUUGGCUUCGGAAAAACUGGUCACUUCAGAGCCCAGUGCUAAGAACCCCUAUUUUCCAACUUUGUGAUCUUCAGCAAGCUGCACCUCCAUUUUGCCUGUCGGUCUAAUAGCAAUACAGUCAGGAUGAGAUGGACCUCAAAGGGUGAGGACUGAACACAACUGUUUGCGAGAAGUGUUCCAGCUCUGUCUGGAAUGCAGAAAAUUCUAGAUAAAUGUUGACUACCAAAAUUAUGGCCGUUGUUUAGAAUCCUCAACCUUUGCAAACUGGACCUUUCCUUUCCUUUUGCUGUUUUUUUCCCCUACAGAAUCUGGCUAUAUAGCUCCAAGCAGCCUUAAACUUUUGUUUCUUUUGCCUCAGUUUCUGGGGUGCUGGGAUUGUUGGCAUGUGAUACUGGGGGAAACUGGGGCUUUGGGGAAUAGAAUGUUGCAAAGUUUAGAAUCAUCAGGCUAUGGUUCUAUUGCUCCUGACAGGACAGGGACCCUGGGCUGCUUUAUAUAUGUUUUUUUUUUAAUAACCCAUAGCCUUGUGCAUGUUAAUUUAAACAAGCCCUCUGCCACUGAGCCGCAUGCCCACACUUUCUCCCCUUAGCCCUUCUUGGUGAUGCUGGCUGCAUUAACAGCCGUUAGGGCUGUUCCCAGGUGGGUGGCUGCUGGGUCAGGGUGCUCGAGCAUAAACAUGAUGUGGAGAUACUUUCCUCCUCACUCAGAGAUUCUCAACAGAUUCUGGGAGCCAGCGAUUCUGAGACUCUUUGAUUCUGUGAAUGUGUAGGGGGAGUAUAGCCCAUUUUUUUUUCCUCCAUGAAUCGCCUUCCAUGCCUCUUGCCUUCUAUGGGAAGAAAGGCUACAGGAGUGUCCAGCUCUGCCAAGCCUCAGCACCAUGGGUGGUGGUGAUCACAUUAAUGCUCCCUAAGGAAACACGGGUUAGGAGCAGAAGGAAGCCUCUGGAGUCCAAGCACUGGCCCAUCUCAGCCUUUGCUGCUUCCCAUUCCCACAGCAGCCUUCAGAUGCCUUCUUCUGUUCAACCCAGCGAUCCUCAAACAUCUCACGCACAGAAUGGUGUUUCUACCUGCCUCGGGAGGCCUUUGUGAUUUGACUUAUUUUCCCUCAGUUUUUUUUUUUCUGACUCUACACACUUUUGUUUAAGAAAUUGUGGUUUCUCAUAAGCCCUGUUAUCUCAUUGAUACCUUUUACCUCUGUGGUGAGGGGAAGAAAUCAUAUUUUCAGAUGACUUGUAAAGGGCAAAGAAAAAACCCAAAAUUUCAAAAUUUCCGUUUAAGUCUCAUAAGAAAAGAAUAAACAAAGCGAGAGAGCGAAGAGAAAAAAAAAAACUACAAGAACCCCCCCCACCCUGUGAUUAUCAGCACACACACUCAUCAAAAAAAAAAUUGGAUUAUUAGAAGAGAGAGGUCUGCGGCUUCCACGCCGUGGUUUUUCUUCUCGGUAUAAAAGCAAAGUUGUUUUUGAUAAUGUGGCAGUUUCCCACAAGGCAGGCUGAUCCCUCUCUAUCAGUCCACUUCACCAAGCUCCCAGCAAACUUCUCCUGACUCUGCCUUCAAACGAGACUUGGAAGGAGCCGCGCCUCAGCAGCUCCUCUGCCGCCAUCCAGCCUGCCUCAGACAAGAACCCAAUGCCCAACCCCAGGCCAGCCAAGCCUAUGGCUCCUUCCUUGGCCCUUGGCCCAUCCCCAGGAGUCUUGCCAAGCUGGAAGACUGCACCGAAGGGCUCAGAAAUCCUAGGGACCAGGAGUCUUGGGGGACCCUUCCAAGGCCGGGACCUGCGAAGUGGGGCCCACACCUCAACUUCCUUGAACCCCCUGCCACCGUCACAGCUGCAGCUGCCUACGGUGCCUCUCGUCAUGGUAGCACCGUCUGGGACCCGACUAGGUCCCUCACCCCACCUGCAGGCACUUCUCCAGGACAGACCACACUUCAUGCAUCAGCUCUCCACUGUGGAUGCCCAUGCCCAGACCCCUGUGCUGCAAGUGCGACCACUGGACAACCCAGCCAUGAUCAGCCUCCCGCCGCCUUCUGCUGCCACUGGGGUCUUCUCCCUUAAGGCCCGGCCUGGCCUGCCACCUGGGAUCAAUGUGGCCAGUCUGGAAUGGGUAUCCAGGGAGCCAGCUCUACUCUGCACCUUCCCACGCUCGGGCACACCCAGGAAAGACAGCAACCUUUUGGCUGCACCGCAAGGAUCCUACCCACUGCUGGCAAACGGAGUUUGCAAGUGGCCUGGUUGUGAGAAGGCCUUCGAGGAGCCAGAGGAGUUUCUCAAGCACUGCCAAGCAGAUCACCUCCUGGAUGAGAAGGGCAAGGCCCAGUGCCUCCUCCAGAGAGAAGUGGUGCAGUCUCUGGAGCAGCAGCUGGAGCUGGAAAAGGAGAAGCUGGGAGCUAUGCAGGCCCACCUGGCUGGGAAGAUGGCGCUGGCAAAGGCUCCGUCUGUGGCCUCAAUGGACAAGAGCUCUUGCUGCAUUGUAGCCACCAGCACCCCGGGCAGCAUUCUCCCAGCCUGCUCUGGUCCCCGGGAGGCCUCAGACAGCCUGUUUGCAGUGCGGAGGCACCUCUGGGGAAGCCAUGGAAACAGCACCUUUCCAGAGUUCUUCCACAACAUGGACUACUUCAAGUACCAUAAUAUGCGACCCCCUUUCACCUAUGCCACCCUUAUCAGAUGGGCCAUCCUGGAAGCUCCAGAGAGGCAGAGGACCCUCAAUGAGAUCUACCACUGGUUCACUCGCAUGUUCGCCUACUUCAGAAACCACCCAGCCACCUGGAAGAAUGCCAUCCGCCACAACCUGAGCCUGCACAAGUGCUUUGUGCGGGUGGAGAGCGAAAAGGGAGCAGUGUGGACGGUAGAUGAAUUUGAGUUUCGCAAGAAGAGGAGCCAACGUCCCAGCAAGUGCUCCAACCCCUGCCCUUGACCUCAAAGCCAAGAAAAGGUGGACGGGGGCCAAAACCAUGAGACUGAGGCUGUGGGGGCAAGGAGGCAAGGCCUGGACAUACCUAUGGAGACCAGGCGAUGAUGUCUCUGCCGUCUUGCCUAUCAGGGCCUCUGCUCCCUAUCUAGCUGCCCUCCUGGAACGUAUCAUCUGCCUUAAGGCUGAGAGGGGUGCCAAUCCCAGCCUAGCCCCUAACCCCAACCUAUCCCCAAGAUGAGCUUUCCAGCCAAACAGCCCUCACUACCAUCUCCACAUAUCUAUCUGCCUUGGCCACUGCCAAGCAGAAAGGUGACAGACACCAUCAGAAUACUCAACCCAAACCCUAACACACGAAGAGUGCUGUCUUGGGACAUUCGUGGGCUCUCCAAGUUACAGUCAUGCAGUUGCACGUGAUUGCAAUCCCACUGCCUCAUACCCCAAAGCACUCACCCACAACAUCUGGAACUAUGGGCACUCUCACAUAUAGGUGUAUAUGCAGACCCUUACACAGCAAGAGCAGCAGAACCUUCAGAAUUACAUAAACCACACAGGCAUAACCGGGCAUAUGCAGCUUCAAGCAAUGCCCGAAAAUACCAGGUCAGACACAGCUUGUCAGAACUCACGCGUGUCCAUGUACAAGCAUGCAGCCCCCUCCACUGUAUCUCCUGAGUUCC